UGGUACCUAUCGUAUUGAGUUAAUGUCAAUUUUAUGUCUGAUAGUUAUUUUAAGUAGGAGAAUCCUCGAGGAAAAUAAUUAAGAUUGAGAGAAAUAAAAAAGUAGCAAAAUGCCGAGAGUGUGAUAAAUUAACAUAGAUAAUUUCAGCCGCGUAUUUUGUUCAGUGCGAUUUAGGAACGCCAUAAAGCUGUGAAUGUUAUGCAAAACUAUUUAGCUAUGUUUUGCUUUUUCACGGUUAGAUAAAUCGCGUUGUAUUAUAAUCUUCUCUUUCAUGCUUUAUAAAAUCUUAUUCCUUGUCCUGUCGUAGCAUUUACAGAGCUGAUUCGUUUUCAUAGUUAAGUAAACUUAGGCCAUAAUUCAUAAACAAUGGACACUCAAUCAAAGUCUGUACAAAUGAAUGAUAUGGAGAAGAAACACACGCCUUCUUCUCUGAAUGAUUACGCACCUGAUUUAAAUUAUGAGAUGGAAAUGUGUCAUGAAGAAACUGGGAGUAAUGCUAAUUUGGCAAAAUCAAAAAAUUUGCAAAGCAACGAAGAAGUAUCUUUUUCUAGAGUGCCUGUUAUUGAAGGUCAAACAAACAGUGGCACUAUAACAGAAAUCAGCCAGACCCCUAAGAAGUCAGAAACUUGUAGGGCAUCAAUAACUACUCCCGCAAUGCCAACUUCACAAUCAUUGAUUGCUGGGGAGGUGGCCCUUACACCAACCCAUAGCUCCUUUACUCCUCAAGCUGUAAAUCCUCACAGUGCAAUGACUGCCAUCACUCCUAUGGUGAGUGGAACUGACCAAGCCAAGAACAGCAUUAAAGUUCAAAAUUGUGUAUCAACUAUACAUUUAGGUUGUGAAUUAAAAUUGUUGGAUAUUUACUGUAGAACUCGUUUUUCUGAAUACAAUCCUGCUAGAUUUCAUGGCGUUGUUAUGAAGAUAAUUGAUCCAAGAGCCACAGCUUUGGUAUUCAGAUCUGGAAAAGUACUUUGCACUGGGCUCAGGAAUGAACAUGAUUCUUAUAUAGCUGCAAGAAAAUUUGCAAGAAUAAUCCAAAAACUUGGAUAUCCAGCGAAAUUUUUGGAUUUUAAAAUACAAAAUUUUAUAGCAACAGCAGAUUUGAGGUUUCCAAUAAGAUUAGAAGCUCUACAACAAGCACAUGGGCAGUUUGCAUCUUAUGAACCAGAAUUAUUUCCAGGACUAGUAUACCGAAUGGUGCGACCCAGAGUGGUUCUUUUAAUAUUUGUUAAUGGGAAGAUAGUUUUUACAGGUGGUAAGACUAGGGGAGAAAUAAAUGAAGCGCUUGACAUUAUAUACCCAAUUUUGAGAAGUUACAGGAUAAGCUAAAAUAAUUUCAUGAAUUUAAUGUUAGACUGUAAUAAAGUUGUAUAAUAUA